AUGAAUGAUGCGGAAGGACGCGUAUAUGGUGCCGAUGCAACGCGGUUACCGUUCGUCAAGUCGCGGAGGACGUGCGACGUACUCGGCGGCUGCAGCCAAACGAGGCUACCAGUUACUUUCUCCUUUCCAUCAACAGGAUGUCUACAUUCGGGUACGUACUCUGGGGGAAAGACGAUUACGCGCUCAAAAUGUGGUAUAAAGUUUCUAGAGUGCCCUAGUGAACUCCAUUUGGGAGCCUACCACGUGGGGAUGUUUGUUCGCGGGCAACGCUCUUGGAAAGUGCACGCUCCGCAACAGCAACGGGAGCAGAGCGUUAUAGCUGCUUUCGUGCAGGGUGCCAGAACGUCGGCUGAGCAUGCUUCCUCUGCAGAAAGCACAUGUUUGCGUGUCCGACAAGGAAGACGGCUCGCGCACAGCGUCGAGAGGAGCAGCGAUAGCGUCGACAGCAGGCUAGUCGUAGACCAGUCGCCGCUGUGGCGUGCAAGUGAGCUCCAGAGCGGCUCUAAGCCGCCGCCGCGACGGCCCGGCAGCUGCUGGACCUGCCUGGCUGAGCCUCCACCAGAGCCGGACUUCGGAGGUUGGGGGCAUUUAUCGCGCAGUCUAGCCCAAGUGCGCGUUUAUGUCAGCGGACUAGAGUCACUACGCGCUCUCGUGAGCAGAGCCGACCCAUCAGGUCUCCCGCUGAGAGCACGACGCAAUGCUCUGAGGCGCUCUCAAUACCCUGGUCGACCGUAUCGUCUGCACGAACAUCCGAAGGUUACCGACUGGCUCGCUGCAAUCACGAUUCUGUCCUUUCUUCUGCAGCUGUGGGCCGGUCCCGCAUAUGUCAUGGCUGGCGCCAAAGUGAAUGCUGCGAUUCGCACCGGAGAAUGGUAUCGCCUCUUUACACCACUCUUUCUGCACGGAAACACCUUGCACCUCAUCGUGAACCUGUCUUCACUCAAAAGUCUCGGACCGCAAAUCGAGGCAACUUAUGGGCACAGACGUUAUGCAGCGCUGUACUUGCUCAGCGGGCUCACAGGCAACUUGUUCUCGUUUUUCUUCAACACAGCACCAUCUGUUGGCGCAAGCAGUGCCAUAUUCGGCUUAAUAGGUGCGAUGGCAGCCUUCUAUGUAUCGAAUACGGACUGGUUUGGACGAGAGCACAGCCAUCGCGUCCUGCGCAACAUUGCGUGGGUGACAUUGUUGAACCUUGGACAGGGCCUUGCUCCAGCGAGUCGUAUCGACAAUUUUGGUCACCUGGGGGGCCUUCUCGGCGGAGCAGUCUUUGGCGUGCUCUUUGGACCUCGACUCUAUCUGGAUCCGAAGGGACGGCUUGUCGAUAUUCCCCUCGCGCAAGGAUGGUUGCAGCGAUUGCGCCGCAGGCGUUAUCGAUAA